UGAUAGCUGACUUGAUAUAAAAAUUACUCGCAGCAAGUGCCAUCCCAUCAAAUGUCUGUAGUUACAACUGAGUCAGCAAACAGACUGUGUCUCCCAAGGCCAAGAUACACACACACACACACACACACACACACACACAUUUAUGUGUUGUAAGUUCCCCUUACUGACAUGAAAACCCAGUCAUCGCCCUGGUUCCUUGUUGUCAUAGAAAAUAAAAGAGAAGUUGAUCAGUCUGACCUGUAGAUGUUUGUUUCGAGGAAGGAAAAAAUAGGCACAUCAUAUCUAAAGAGCACAUGAGGGCAGGCUGGUAGACAAGGUAGCGUAAGGACUACGCAUUCACAGAGAAGAAGGUGGGAAGAAGAGAGAAGGUGAAGCAAAGGAGGUAACCCGAAGAUGGUUGGACAAGUGGCACAGAGCUGCUGGCUGCUCCUCACACUCUCUCUGAAAGGUAUUCUUGCUGGUGAUUGGUCAGUUCGUCUCCCCUCCGGUCCUGUCUGCGCUCAGAUUGGAUCCUCUGUGGUUCUCCCUUGUUCCUAUGACUACCCCCAAAGUCCUAAUGAAACCAGGGGAGAGGGGCAGCUCUCUGCCCAGGGUGGAGGAGGUGCAGGACAGCAGUACAAAGCUUUGACGGAGAUGUGGUGUCUUGAAGACAGUCGCUGUAUCACCCCAAGGUAUGUGUUCCACAGUGCUGGUGUUUUCCCGGAUCCAUCCUACCAGAACAGGGUGCAGUACCUGGGAAAACCAGGAACAAAGAACUGCUCUCUGAAUAUUUCUGAUCUGAGACAGUCAGACAGUGGAAACUACGUGUUUUACCUCAUCACCAACCAUCCAACACAGAAGAUGCCAGAGCAGAGAGGCAUACAGCUACUGGUGGCAGACUCCUCCAGCGCAGUCACCAUGUCUGCAAGUCCCCCCAGUGGCAUCACUGAGGGUGCGGCCUUACGUCUGGCCUGCUGCAGCCCCUCAGCCAGUCCACAGGCCAGCUUCAGAUGGUUCAAGGGCACAAGCGCUGCCCCAAGAUCUAAUGGACAGGUGUGGAACAUUAGUGAAGUUACCUCUGAUGACUCUGGCAACUACUACUGCCAGAUGCAGACUGGAGAUAAAGUGCAGAACUCAAAAAUCCUGGCCAUUGAUGUAGAGUACCCUCCUCGAAAUACAACUGUCUCCAUCUCUCCUGCUGGAGAGCUGCAAGAGGUUCUUCCUGUGACUCUGACCUGCAGCAGUGUAGCUAACCCACCUGUCCAUAUGUACAGCUGGUACAAGGGUGCAGCAUGUCUCCCUACAACAGACAAAAGCUUUCAUCAAGCAAGACAAACCCUGGCUACACUUAUAGGAAGAGGCUCAACACUCAGCAGUGCCAACAUCAGCGCUGAGGAGUAUGGGGAGUACUGCUGUGUGGCACGCAACAGACAUGGAUCACAGGCUCACUCUGUAACACUCACAGAUUCUAGAGCAGCGAACACAUCUAACUCUUCAGGAAGCAGAGCAGUGCUUAUCGGAGUGACCAUUGCAGUCUUAGUGGUUAUUAUAGCCAUAGUUGCUUUUCUUAUGACAAGGAAACAGAAGUCAUCCCAACGCCAGUCGUAUGCUCUCACUGCGACAGCUGCUACAGAUCUUUAAGGUCUCAGCAAAACCAGAAUCUAACCAGAAUCUGUACCCUACAACCACCAAAAGCACGAGCCAACUUUUUUGUUUUUUAUUAUAUUAACUAACUAAUAACUCAAGAUAGGUAGAACUUUUCCUCACUGAAAUCAUGUACACAGAAGAAAAACUUUCAACACUGACUGUCGACAGUGAGGCCAGUUCACAAAGCGAGAGAGUGUGAGAACCUGGAGAUCAUAUGAUACUGUCUGUCCAUGCGAGCAAUACACAGAGAUGUCUGGAAACUUUAACUCCUGGAUUUCAAUGGACUGAACUAAACAAGGAGGAACUUGAACUUUUAAAAUCACCAGGAAUGAACCAAAGGAAAAAAGUUGUCUUAUUAUUUGUUAUGUGUGCGUGUAUGUUGAAAUGUGUUGCAGGAUAAUUUAAAUGCUUUUGUCAGGGAUUAGCCAAGCAAUAUACAAUAAAAAUAUUUAUAAUGAGUGAGAAAGUAGACUAAAAAUGACUCUACUCUGUGUUGUUGAUUCUAAUGUUAAAGUAACAGGUGUAAAUUUGAAUGCAGCCUUCAUGGUUCAUUACAUCUGAUGCAGACAUCCGGACUUAUUAGCACUGAUACUUUUACUGGAUUUCAACGACAUGGCCCAAAGUGCAACACGUACUGUACAGACAGUGUCAGGAAACAGAAAACACUGAAGCAGCUAUUAUUGACACUAUGUUAUUGAUUAUAAUGAGCACCCAAGAAAACGAUGGGAAAUGCAGUCAUAAUGAUCCAAUUAAAAGCGCUUAGCUGUUCAGACUGGGUCAU